GAAUGAAGACAACCUCGUUCGUCUCUCGCAGCGGCUUUCUGGCAUAUCUCGUCGUAGUAAAUGUAAUGUAAAUUAGGUUUUCGAAACCAGAAGGCCAAAGAAUGAUGUUCCAGCCAACCCUUUUGCUGACAAGCGCUCUGAUUUUUCCGGGCGGUAUUGGAGCUCAAAACAUCGCUAUCAUUGGUGGAGGUAUUUCCGGAAGCUUUGCGUCGAAGUAUCUUGUUAGCUACGAUGUCAAUUGCUCCAUCGAUUCCAUUUCUAUAUUUGAAGCCAUGCCUGCAACGCGAUCAGCAAAUGUAACCAUAGCUCCUAGCGAUGAUUGGCAAGGAAGCCGGGUCUCCAGUGUCAGACUACGUGACGGAUCAGUUGUUGAACUCGGUGCAUCAAUUGGUUACGAAGGCUUUCACCUCAUUCUUGAUAUGAUUCGGGGAGACUCGAGCAUCAAGUUGGGGAAGCCUUAUAACAUUGGUACUAGCGAAGUUGACAAGCGAAUUCGCGACGGUCUCGGGAUAUUUAAUGGACAUGGCGAAUGGAACCUUCUCACUUCGCGAGAAUUCAAAAUAAUCUCCAAACUGAAACUCCUUUGGCGAUAUAACUACGAUCUCGUAAAGCUCUCUAAAUUUUGCCGUCAAGCGCUAAAAAAAUUUGCCGACGUACCUUCUCUGUUGGCGAGUCUAGAACCAAAUACCUUCUUUGCUUCACCAGACGCUCUAUGGGAUGCACUUGGACUGAAGAAAGCUGUCCACUCGUCUUUUGAUGACUUGCUGGAUGCACUCGCUCUUCCAUCUGAAGUACCCUGGUAUAAGCGAUACAUUCCGUACCAAGGGUCUUUGCGAUCCGAGCUUUUGACGGCAAUCAAUUUGGUCAACUACAAUCAAGACAAUUCACAAGUGAACGGCAUUGUUGGCUUGGGUAGCUUUGCUGCCACAACGGGGAGCCUCUUCUCCGUCGAAGGAGGUAACCAUAAAAUCAUUCAAUCUGCCACAAAUCAAGCCAUAUCUAUCAGCUUACAGCAGUGCGACGGCAAAGCCCAAGUUCAACAAGUUCCGAAGCGAGUGAGUACAGUUGUCGGGGGGUCUGCUACUAGUUUCUCGCUUUUCUCGGGACAGGAAAAAUUGGGCAACUUUGAUAUUGUCGUUAUAGCGGCACCUUUGCAGCAAGCACAAAUAGAGUUUAUGGUACAGAGUAACUUUGACAAAGCUGUGCUCCAGCCUAUGCCUCUUACGGAACUUGUUGACCCUGACCUUCGUGAGACAAAAGACGGUCAUGCUGCUCUCCCAACAAGGCUGCCAGAUUCAGCGUUUCGCCCUUAUACGCAAGUCGUCACAACCGUGCUUGCCAAUGCCACAAUUUCUGAGGAACAUUUUAAUUUGUCCCAGGAACAAUUGCCUCGGUCAGUCUACACCACCUCCAAAGGAAAAGCAUCUCUCCACAACAUUACUGCCAUAACUCAGCUUUCGUCCAAAGGACUGUACAAAAUUUUUUCCAAUGAUAGGCUUGAUGGAAAAGUUCUAAUGAACCUGUUUGGGCCACAUCACGUAGUUGAGUACGUGAAAUUUUGGGGAGGAGCUUCAGGCGGAGCUACGCCGGACUACCGUGGUCGGGGUAGUAGUGUCGACUUCCUGUUGUACGACGGUGCCAUCGGUUUUGAUGGUAACACUGUGUCGGGUGCAUUGUACUACCCAAACGCGAUGGAGCAGAGUAGCCUGGCCUGCAUGGAAAUUUCUGCCAUUGGGGCAAUGGCAGUAGCGAAACUCAUUGCUCGUCGUUUGCGGUUGAUUAUGGAAACACAAACCAAAGAACGCAAUCGCGACGAACUCUAG